ACAGUUCAUGACUGGUUCAUGGGUUCAUGACGACGAAAAUUUGUUUUUCAUGCUCGGAUCGAUAAUUUCUUUCACGAUACAUCCAAAAAAGAAUAAGAUAUCGCGAUACAUUAGAUUGUAUUAAACAGUAACAAUGACGGAAUACUGGAAAUCUCAGGCUAGAAAAUAUUGUGAAUUCUGUAAAUGCUGGUUUGCUGACAACAAAGUUUCAAUAUCUUUCCAUGAAAAUGGCAAGCGCCAUAAAGAGAAUGUUGAAAAGCAUAUCUCACAACUCAGCAAAAAGAGUGCCAAAGAUUUUAAGCAGAAGGAAAAAAUGGAUGAUGACAUCAAGAAGAUGGAGGCUGCUGCCAUGUCAGCAUACCUCAAAGAUGUGCAAAAUAAUGCAGACCUGACUUCUAAAAAUAUCAAUGAAAUGCUGGGAAAGAACAGCGACACCAAUGAACCCAUAGUUGUUGAAGAACCAACCUGCUCUGCCCACAUCUCUGUAGGCUGCCAGACUCCACCUCCGUGGGUUGAAGUCAAGGCUCCCAAUGGAAUGUCAUACUACUGGAAUGUUGUAUCACAUAAGACUACUUGGGAUUGUCCUCCUAAUGGGGAAUAUGUAAGCAUAGAAGAACAACAAAGAUCAAAAGAAAAACAAAAUAAAGUAGAAAGAGAAAAGGCAAGGCAGAAUGAGGCGCAACGUCAAGAAGUCUUGAAGGAGGUGAAUGCUCGCAUAGCCCGGGAGAAGAUGCGCGAGCUUGCGGUGCCCGCGCCUGUCAAUCAGCUCCCGAAGGCCAUUGUGGGCCCCGUGUCCCGAACCCGGCCCUUAGGCGACUGGACGCCUCUUCGCUCUCUCCCUGAAAAAAUAGAUCUCCAGCUGCCAAAAACCAAAGAGCAACCGCCGCCACCAGUAGUGGUGGAGCCCGAAGAGAUCAAGUUUGGGGAGCGCCGCGUGACUUCCCUCGGAGACCCCGACGAGCCCGUCGAAUUCAAGCGCCGCAAGAUCGGCAACCGCAACGCCAGGCAGAAGCUUGACGACGAUUAAAUAUUUUAACCAAUACUGAGUUUUUAUACUUAACUUAUUAUAACUUUUAAGAUACUCAGCGAUUACCCGAAAUCAAUUAUGGAACUUUAUCUGUGCGUACCAGAAUAUGUGUGUUUUAAUCUACAGAAUUCCGAUGAAAUUAAAUUGGUCACAGGCGCGGAUCUUAAAUAUUUUUUUUUAAGGUUAUUGGAUCAAAUUCAUCAGCCUAUGGAUCUCAAUAGACCGUGAAAGUGUGACGUCACGAGUCUUUUCAAAAAUAGGGGAUUCGCGCCUGGCUGAUCAGUUAUAUUAUACAUUGUAAUGUUAACCAAAAUCUGUGUGUGUUUUAAUCAAUCUUUAGUAGAAUCUGAUGAAGUUAAAUUGAUAACAGGCGCGGAUCUUCAAAAAAAAUAAUAUUUUGGUGCUAACUCUAAUUAAAAAAUAUUUUUCGCGAAAACGUCCAAAUUUCUUUUAGGCAUUGGAUCAAAUUCAUUAGCCUAUUAUCAGCCUGGAUCUAAUAGACUGUGACAGUGUGACGUCACGAGUCUUAGGGUAGUGGGCAUGCCAUUCGUGCCCACACGGGAUUCGCGCCUGAAUGAUCAGUAUAAUUCACUAUAUUUACAUUAUUGUAACUGAUAUGAAUCCAUUGUACGAGGAUUACAUUUCUACUCCAUAGUAGGUAAUAUUUGCAUUCUCUCUUUUAUGAAGUA